AGGCGCGCGAGCCGAGGCCUCCGGGAACUCCAAACGAACACAAACAUGGAAGAUCACCGUGUGUUCAAACAGUGACGUCCAAGUCUUGAGGACGGUCAAAAAUGGGGUGUCUACAGUACCCUUUGACCCCGCGAGGUAUCACCCGGAGGCUCAUAUUGUACCAGUGGCGGAAGGCAUCGAUGCCUUCACUGAUUUCAAUGAGGGCGCGCCAGACGACCUCUGGCUGAGAGAGCCCAUGUCUCACUUAUCAGCCAUUGCUGUGGAGGUACUAACUCUACUUUUCUGCAGUAUUACUUUUAACUAUUUGCAUUUCUUGCACUAUUUUGAUUUGAUUGCGUCAUAUGGUUUGAUCUGACUAUAUUUCAUACACACAUCAUUGCUCUGCAUGUACUGUAUGCGAAUGUACCUCAUGCAUCACUGCUCUGAAUUCAAUCGUAUCUUCAAUACAUCACUGCUCUGAAUUUAACUGUAUUUUCAAUACAUCACUGAUCUGCAUUCAACUGUACUUUCAAUACAUCACUGAUUUGCAUUCAACUAUACUUUUUUCACUUGAUCUGAUUACAUCACAUGUAUUGCCAUAGGACGGAUCCCGCUCCUUCAGAGGUUAUGGUGCGACGACAGCUUGGGAUUGGUAUGACGAGCUUCCUGCGAGGGUCGACCAAAUCAUAGACGGGACCGGCUUCGGCCUAUUCUGCUCCAGCUUGACACGGGUCAUAGCGAGUCGCCCUCUCCUAGGGGCUCUUGUGGAGAGGUGGUGGGACACCACCAACUCUUUCCACUUCUCCUCGACGAGAGAGACGACGAUGACACCCUUCGACUUUGCCAUAAUCACUGGCCUGGGCAUAGGAGGUGAUCCGAUUCCUCUGGAUCCCGACAUGGGAGAGUGGGUGGCCGCAUGGGAUACACUACUCGGAGCGCGUCCACUGACACUUCAAGCAGGUAUAGUUAGAUAUACCUGGUUCAAGGAGCAUUACAGAGGGGAGGAUCCCGAGACUGAUGAGGAGGUGGAGUAGUACGCCAGGGGCUUCCUCCUGUUCCUUUUCAGUACCACCUUGUUUUCGAACAGGUGGAAUACUGUGGGUUUAUACUUCCUGAGCGCCCUGGUGGUGCUCCAGCGGGUCCAUUUCUAUGAUUAGGGCACAGCUGGCCUUACCACUUUGUAUGGAUACAUGAGCUCGACCUCUCGGAUGUGUGGGACCUUGAUUGGCGGCUACUGGCGAGCUUGGGAGCUGUGGGUGUACGUAUACUUCCUGACACUUGCUCCAGAGCCUGUGGAAGAGAUCCCAGCGACAGUCCCAUUCUCUGAUGUAUAUGACGGCCAGCUCCGUCGUAGGACCUGAGAGAGCUUUGUGUUCUUCUGGUAGUACUUCGACUCGGUCACAGUGCGCGAGAUCACGUGGCAGCCAUGGGAUGUGAUACCGUCAGGACUCCGAGAUCAAUAAAAAGUUGCUUGGAUUGUCUCCCGCUACCAUAUCCUCUUCAAGGGCCCGAUCUGUCGCGCUUGGUUUUUGAGCGAGUGCUUUGUGUGCCAGACCUUGGGAUUCCCAGCUCCAUUUGUACCGACGACACCUCCACCAUCGAUGAGGGAGACACAUAGGUUGUCCGCCGACCAGGUGAUUCAGUUCAUGGUAGGACUGGAGACGGAUUACUUCCGUGCAGAGGGCGACUACACGACCUUCAUUCAAACGCAUCUGAUGCCUUCUCUGACCGGCGUUCGUGAAGGUAAGGGGGUGAGAACUCCAGCUGCGAGAGGGAGAGGCAGAGCGACCAGAUCCCGUAGGAGAAGAGAUCCUAAGGAGAGGUAGGAGACUAGAUGGCCAGAGAUGCUUACUUCAUUGACUUAUCAGAGACGUUCUGGGGAGACUUAUCAGAUCCCCAUUGCGCCUGUAUCAGCUGGGAGUGCACUCGACGGGAUUCGAGGCCCGACUCCGGCACCCAUAGAGUACACAGGGCUGGGCAUUGAUCUAGUGGCCUCCUUGGCAGAGAUGAUAGAGACGAGUCUGGAUCUGCUAAGCCUUUACAGGAUCCCGAUUCCCUUCCUGAUGCCAGGCCCAUCAGAUGCCCCAGCAGGAGCAGAGGCGGGUCCUUCAGCACCUCCUUCAUUAGCAGAGAGGAGCGGGAGACAGGCUCAGACAGACAGCCGAGGUAGAGGCAGAGGCACCCACAGCGAGAGUGGCCCUUCAGAGCCCGUGCUGAGUGAUGAUGAUGACGAGAUGAGUGAGGAGGCCGUGAGUCCACAAUCAGAGUCAUCUCAGGAUGGAGAUGAGACUGGAGAUGGCUCGGGUUCAGACUCAGGUAGCGGAGCUGACGGCAGUAGUUCUGGGCCUUCGUCGAGGAAGAGGACGAGGAGGGCUUCCCGCUCUUGAGGCGACUGGCACUGAUUCAGAUGUUUUUGCUUUAUUCUCUAUUUUUUUGCUAGUAGUUUUAGCACAUUGUACAGCCUCAGGCAGUUUUAUUUUCUUCAAAACUUGUGCUCUUUUGUAAAAAGAAUCCAGGAUGGAAUGAAAGCAGCUUUUUUGUU